AUGUUGUGUGUGUUCGAGCACCCCAUCCACCAGCCUGCUGAGACCGUAAGAAGAGGGCUCUCCCAAGCACUAGUCCAGUAUAGCUACUACCCAAUCGGCAAUUGCAACGACUUAGCCUACGAGCAGUUCGAGCUCCACAGGAAGGCCUUCGACGGCCUCAACGCGCCAUUCUCGGAGUUCCUGGGCUCUGUGUGCGCCGAUGGGCAAAAGAGACCGGACUGGAUCAUUGUCGAUAGCUACCACCACUGGGCGGCCGCGGCUGCCAUAAAAAACCAGGUUCCAUGUGCCAUGCUUGUCUUGAGCUCUGCAAGUAUAAUUAGCAGACCAUCCGAACAGGGACCAACAUCAGCAGCGCCCAAGUUUGAGAUGGAGUCCAAAAAGUCGUUCUACGAAGAAGAUGCGUCGGGGAUGUCCAUGGCCAAGCGCUGCUACUUGACAAUCGAGAGCUGCAGUAUCAUUGCCAUCCGGAGCUGCCUCGAGUGGGAGCCCGAGUUUAUUCCUCUCGCGGCGACGUUCCGCGGCAAGCCGGUAAUCCCCUUUGGCCUCCUGCCGCCAUCACCGGAGGGAGGUCGCGGUGUCUGCAAGGACGCCACCGUACUUCGAUGGCUGGACGCACAGCCAUCCAGGUCGGUCUUGUGCGUCGCCAUGGGAAGCGAGGUGCCGCUCAGCAUGGAGCAGGUGCACGAACUAGCCCUUGGGCUGGAGCUGGCCGGGACACGCUUCCUCUGGGCUCUGCGGAAGCCGAAUGGCGUGGCCGACUCGGACCUCCUGCCUACGGGGUUCGUGAACCGCACACACGGGCAAGGGCUUGUGAUCAUGGGGUGGAUUCCUCAGAUCACUGUUCUAGAGCCCCACGCCGUGUACGCAUUCCUAACGCAUUGCGGGUGGAACUCCACCAUUGAGGGGCUCCUGUUUGCGCAUCCUCUGGUCAUGCUGCCGAUCAGGAACGACCAACGGUUGAUUGCACGUCUCAUGGAGGGGAGGAAGGUCGGGGUGCAAGUGGCAAGAAACGAAGACGAUGGAUCAUUCGAUCGAGAAGGCAUCAGAGCGGCGGUUCAGUCAGUCAUGGUGGGGAAGGAAGGCAGCGGGAGCAUGUUUGCAGCCAAUGCCAAGAAGUUGCAGGAGAUAGUGGCGGACAAGAAGCUCCACGAGAGCUACCUAGACGGAUUCAUUCAGCAGCUGAGAUCAAUUGCAGUAGUUGAACAAGUUUGA